AAUAACCCUUCUCCCUUCAUCACGCCAUCUAGCGCGCUUUCCAGGGGGACCUCUCGCGCCACACUUCCAAAUUCCUUGAAGAACGUGACACCGCGCUCUCCCAAUCAAACAAAAACGCGAGAAACACAAAAUCUGUCACGACUGCAAAAUGACCAAGCCCAGUUGUUAUUAUUUUUUUCAAAAAGCAGGUUGUGUUUUGCUGUUAGGACAUCGCUCACACACUCGUACACAUAGUUCCGCUACACGCCCGCUCCGCUACACGAGGUCCCGUCCUCCUAGUCUGCGGGUGACCAGCUCCUCGCGCCGUGUUCACUCCGGCCCGGCGCAAGCCGUAUCGCCACCCGACUUCACCGCGCGUUCUCUCGAGCGCGACUGCGCUCACCUGUCGGUCAGAUGCGCCUCCAGCCUGUCGCGACUCAGCGCUUACCACGAGCUCAAACUAUCGAGCGGCUCUCUGUCCGACUUUUUGAGUCGGUCACGUCAACUUGGCAAUCUUGCAAGCAUUUGCAGCUACGUCAUCUCCUCCGCCGUCGAAACGCGCGACACGCCAUUCCUGCUAAAAUUUCUCGGCGCUUGCCACUCACAGAGCAUCCCCAUCUCGGUCGACGACUACAGCGUCAUUUGGGAUUUGGCACAUGCCUCGUUCGAGAGCUGUACUCGGCCUGACCUCCUGCACUGUGUCGUUCGCAUCCUAAACCGCCACCUGACCACAGAGGUGCUCUCCCAUCAGGCCGCCUCUCAUCAACGAUUCGCCGCACUCGAACUCGCAACCCUCCUGGCUCGAUACCAACCCAAACUCGCACACCGAGUACUUUGUGGGUUUUCGGCCAUCAAUUCUUUUUUCUCACAUCCUUCUCACCAACUACUGAGAACACUUCUGCUUUUUCAACUCGCUACGUACCUUGGAGACUCGAUCCGCGCCCGCGAGCUUCGCUGUAAGCUUCAGGAACAGCGCGAAAACCUUCCCGCGGGGGAGGCUCUGAAUACCAGAGCCCUGGCGCUCACCGGCGAAAUUCUGACUCGAACUUAUCUCGACCUACAAGAUGUCGAGGGAGCAACUCAUCUCGCAAACUCUCUCGAAUGCCCACGUGCCUAUUUCCGCAGUCAAUUGUGUUUGGCCCACUACUGGGCCCAAAAGGGUGAGGUAGAAUGUGUUGAAUCUGUUUUCCAAUCUGUUUUCAAAAGAGGCAUACACAGCCAUUGUUCACAAGACUCGGUCGAGCUGCUGUACUGUGAAAGCCUCACCUUGGCUCACUUGAGAAAUCCUAAUCCAGACCGCGCGAAAAUCGCUCGCUAUCUCGAGGUGCUGCAGAAGGCCGGGUCAGUCAGCACUCGCGUGUGCAACGCGCUUCUAAAACACAAAUAUCUCGAACCUGCAGCAGGAAAAGAAGCAUUUCUGAAUUCUUAUUCCUGCGCACCCUCCGCUGACACUUUUGAUGCCCUCGUCCAACUGUCUGCAAAGUGCAGUGCAGAUGAAACGAUAGAGAUAUCUGCAAACGCCUUUAGCUGGAACUUCUCAAGCCCUCAGCUUUAUCACGCGCUAUUCAGACGCGUGUUUUCUCAAAUACCACCCACUGCAAAAAACAAAUUGUAUCUAUCAGGACUGGUUGGCCAAUACGAAAACAUAGACUGUUCGUGGGAUGUGAAUUCGGUCAACUUGGUAAUGGAUACGUUGCUGCGCUUUGACAUGUUAGAUGAAGUUAUUGUGCUUUUUCGCCACAAAGCGGAUGAGCUAUUUUUAGAUACAUCUUCUGUCAACCUCUUGUUUCAGGCGGUCCUGCUACAAAAGGGCCGACCGAACAUCAACUACAUGGUUCGGGUUUUCAACACAGUGGUGGAACGUGCGGUUCGAACGCGAUAUUCUGCAAAUUCGUGCUCAAAUCAGAGCAAUCUCCACAUGAUCGAUGGUGGAACGAGUGUGAUGAAUGCAGACACCACCACCUCCGUAACUGACACUCUUGGCGAGAUUAACCAGUCGGUUUCUCUCUGCACUAACGACCCAUCGUCGCCGCUCGUGCCAGAAGGAAUUUCGAUGCUAUCACCUAGCUACAAUCCAAGGAUGGUACCAGACAGCAAAACAUUCGAGUACCGUGCCCUUGGUGGAAAUGUGGAUGAGCGUUUGUUGCUGCUCAUGAGCCAACUCGGCUUGACGCCCAGCAGUCCGACAUUCAAUGUUCUCUUGAUUUCUGCUAUAAGACAUGCAGACACAACGCUUGCACUGCAAAUUUUGGCAGAAUGGAUAACGUGCCAUCCUGACGAAGUCAGUGACGCGAUUGUCCAGUCUGUUGUUACUAGUUUUGUUAACUUGGGCGCCCAAUCUCUCUUUGAACCCCUUAAAAACCUCGUGUCGAAUCUUCGCCUCUCUCCAGCGACUCAUGUGCUCCUUCAAUCUAUGCGCUGAAUUGUGAUUUACUGCCAGGCACGUCUGUGUUCUGACGGGGGUGUGCCGCGUAAUGUACACAAACAUUUCGAAUGCUACCUUGAACAUGUACGCUCAGAUUUCUGCAGCUGGAGCUAGCUUUUUUUUUUUUUGUAUUGAUUUACAAAAUCGUUCUCACCAAAAAACUUUGCAUCGCUUUUUAUCUCACCACCCAUGGCUCUCCGGUCAUGCGUCCUAUCCCUUUUAUGUCUGCUUUUUUUGAGUCAAUGUGCCGUGGCUUUCAAAUUUGAGUUACUGCCAGAAUACGUCCGCUGUUUUCGAGAGGAUCUGGCAGCUCAUACAAUUAUCACAGGCUUCGUUUCAGCCUAUGCAAAUCCUUCGAUGCAACUGAAAUUUUGGGUUGAGUCCGACAACUCGAAAACUCUACAUUACUCAGAGAACGUACAAGGAAAUGCUACUUUUACCUUUUCCGCAGACACCGAAGGUGAAUAUAGAUACUGCUUUAUCAACAAUUAUCUGGCGCAGGGCAGUGUAGAAAUGAGAAAAAAACGGCUUAUUGAAUUGGUCGCCAACGUAGAAACUUUCCCUCAGAUCAGAGAUGAACAACAAGAUAUAGCACCAAUUGAGGAGGUGUUGCAGUCUAUCAAAUCCACGGUUGAAGAAAUUCAAUUAGAAGCAACGCGUGAUAAAGAACGCAAACUUAAUCAUAAGGCAGUAACAGAAACUCUCAAUUUCCGCGUAGUUUGGCUCUCUUUGUUAUUGAUCACCUUGCUCAUGCUAUCCAGCGUCCUACAGGUGUACUACAUUCAUCGCUAUCUAAAGAAAACAAAGUGGAUUGAUUAGUCGAUUCCUGUGCAUACGGACUGGGCUCAGGCUGAAUCGAAUAGGGGACAGAACUGUAGAAAAUGUGUGGACGAAAUAAUGAGGGGAAACUAGGAGGGUGCGUUGACGCGCGCUUUGAGAACGAAUAAAAUAAAUUCUAUCGCUAAAACGCAGUUACCUGCGGCGCGCUGUCAGAA